ACUGGUGACAGCGCAGCAGCAUCUGGCUUCUACAUUUAGCAAAAUCCUGUCAGACCUAACAAUUUAAAGCUCACCAUUUGUCAUCUCCAUCAGUAAUAAACAAUGCCGGUCGACACAUUGCUACAUGCCGCUAAUUUCAGCACCCUGUUUGUGUGCAUGGUGCUGAAGUUCCCGCAGAUUUUUACACUGAUGCGAGCGAAAUCCACGGCUGGAGUCAGCCUCAACAGUCUCCUCCUCGAGCUGAUCGGGUUCAUUGUUUUUGUAACAUACCAGAUGUACUAUGACUACCCACCUCCAACAUACCUGGAAUAUCCAAUCCUCAUCGCUCAAGAUGCCUUCCUCCUGCUCCUGAUUCUUCACUAUAACGGCAGCCUGCGGCAGAGCCUCAUCUACACCUUGCUGUUUGUCGGAGGUUGGAGGCUCCUCACUGUGGAGAAGUGGAUCAUCGAUCUGGCUAUGAGCUUGUGCACAUUCAUCAGUGCGGCCAGUAAAUUUGCCCAGCUGCAGUGCCUGUGGAGGUCGAAAGACGCUGGACAGGUUAGCGCCCUCACUUGGGCCAUGGCUACUUACACAUGUAUGGCGCGGAUUUACACCACCACAGUGACAACCGGAGACACGCAGGUUCUGGUGCGUUUCAUUGCCAUGACUUCGCUCAACAUGUGGGUGCUGCUCACUGUGCUCUAUUACCAGAGAAACGGCGGCAGAUCCAAGAAAGAGGACUAAGCUUUAAAUCUGCAGUUCACUCCCAUGUCUUCCGGCUCUGUUUCAGCAGGGAUUACUGGGUUACUCUGGACACAGUCAGGGCUGAAACACAAAACUGAUGAGUAACAACGGUUAUGUUAGCAGCUUUUGUAAUACUGACACAUAAAAAGUGCUUUUUGUAAUGUUUUUACCUCAGUAUUGAACCCACACACCUUUUUUUUAUAUAACAUUCCAGUGACUGAUAAUCUGCUGCGUGUAGCGACAGCAGAGACCAAUGUUUUUUCAUACUGUAUGUGACAAAAUGUAGUCCUGUAGAUAGGACAGCACAAGCCAAGUGUAAGCGAGAUCUUCUUCCUCAGGAUUUGAAAUACUGUAUUUUGAAAAGCUUUUCUUAACUAUUUUAAUAAAGCAAACAUUACAGCUUCUUA